UCACAGUCAAUAAUAUUUCUGGAUGCUGUUGUAAUUGCGAAGUUUUUCGACGAAUUGGACAAGAAGUUUAUGCCUGAUUUUACGUUUAAACAGUUAUCGUAGCCACGUAAUGCCGUUAUUUUCUAGUUCUUCGCCCUUUGAUCAGGAUGUUGAGAAAGCUACAAGCGAACUCAACACAACAGAUGACUGGCAACUUAUUAUGGAAAUAUGUGAUCGUAUUCCUCGAUCACCGAGUGGACCUAAAGAUGCAUUGCGAUCGAUAAUGAAGAGAAUCAACCAUAGGGUUCCCCAUGUUGCUAUGCAGGCCUUGACCCUUUUGUCAGCUUGUGUGAAUAACUGCGAUAAAGUAUUCCACUUGGAGAUUUGUUCAAGAGAUUUCGUCAGUGAAGCAAAAAAUAUAAUUUCCAGGGGACAUCCCAAAGUAACUGAAAAAUUGAAGAGGCUAAUUAAGGAAUGGGCAGUUAGCUUCAAAGAUGACCCACAAUUAAGUUUAAUACCAUCACUUUACAAAGAACUUAAAGCUGAAGGGGUUGAGUUUUCUGAUAGCAGAGAUUCAAGUUCAAGCUCAGCAAGUUUAUCAACACAUCCAUCGGCAUCAUCAUCAACUGCCUCCCCUCAGCAAGAGGAUGAAGAUUUAGCAAAAGCAAUUGAGUUGUCCCUUCAAGAAGCAGAAGCAGGCAAGCCCAAAGUGUCUAGUUUGUAUCCAAGCUUUACUGCACUUGCACCAGCGCCUUCAAGAAGGGUCGAGACGAAACAAGUGAGAGCGUUGUACGAUUUUGAAGCAGUUGAGGACAAUGAGCUUACGUUCAAGGCAGGAGAGAUUAUCUCUGUUCUUGAUGACAGUGAUGUCAACUGGUGGAAGGGAGAAACACAUCGUGGAGUUGGACUUUUCCCUUCAAAUUUUGUAACAUCGGACUUGUCUGAACCCGAGAGUCCCAAGAUAGACAAGAAAAAAGUCCGGUGGGCUGAUGAACCAAGACAUCAAGCGGACACAGAAGCAUCUUCAGUCCCGGUCAAAACAGAGAUCAGUGAGGAAAAGAUCGACCUGUGCACGAACAUGGUGAAAGGAGCUAAUAUUGAAGGCGAAGAUGAAGAGGAAGAUACAAUACAAGACAUGGAGGGUGAAUGUAACCGCAUGGAACCACUUGUCACAGAAAAGAUCGAUGAGAGCGAGAGAAAACGCCAGGAAUUAUCUGCAAUGAACGAACAGUAUCUGCAAGCUCUGAGCUUGUACCAGAGGUUAAUGAAAGAGCCUUUACCAGUUCCCACUCUUCCGUAUGGAUAUGGAGCCAGUCCCCAGGCCUCCAUGAGCAUGUAUCAGGUGCCAGGUUCCGCAGGACAACAAUAUCCUCAAGCUCCCCAGCUUUAUGCUCCACAUCCUGCAGGCUAUCCCCAAGUUUCCCCUCCUACAUCACUUCAGUACAUGGGCGAACCUGGCACUGUAAUGGGAUCAUCUGGCGUGAGCACGGCCUAUUCCAGUCAAGGUCCUGUGCAACCCUAUGCGGGCCACGUGCUUAACCACGCUACCUCAGCGCCCUAUCAACGCACACAGCCCACCCAGGCUCAUCGUGCCUCUCCCCAGGCGCCAAUGCAGCCACCGAGCAACGUUCAACAAACGUUCCCAAGCCAACAGCAGGUUCAAGCCCCACCGAUUUCCUAUCAACAGCAGCAGCACCUUCCCUACCAACAGGGGUUCCCUGCGGCACCUCCCGAGUAUACAUCCCAUAGUGCACCACAGGAUUACUAUGCCCAGUCCUUAACGCAACCUAGCGCAACAGGUUACCCAAGUUUUCCCGCACAGCCACAGAUGGUUUAUUCGCAGCAACCGCUGAUCUGAUAGUGACAGUGCUGAUAGUCUCAUCCUGAUAUCUUUUUUAGCGUUUAAAAUUUGCUGAUUUAAAGCAGCGAUAAAGUACGCCUUAUUUCGGGCGGAGUCGAUCGUGUACAACGAUUCUUCUCCUUAAAAUGAAUGGAUUAAUUUUACUUAAUUUGAUGAAGCGAAAGUUAGGAAAAAUGAGGUCUAAAAUGUUUGAUAUCAAGCAUUCCACAAUGAGAACGGGUAAACUGUGGAGGAGCGUGGGUUCCAAUUAUCUUCACAGCAAAUUAGAGAACGAGAAGGAAAUCAUUUCUCUGAAUUGGUUAGUAGGGUUUGUUCUUCCUUGCCUCUCCACUGAUAUAUCGGGAGUUCGCGAAGGUAUAAGGACAUUUAUUUCUUGUUGUAAUCAUUUCUAAACAAGUACAAAGUAGAAGAGGUUAUUUCUUAUAAAAUGUUCUUAACGAUAACGGUAAUAGUAAGUAAAAUCAACUUGUACAAAACGAUAGACAAUACCACUUGAAAGUAGAGCGAAGUACAUGUAGCUGUAAUUGGAACGGUUUUGCAGUAGGUUUUACUUACAGACACAACUUGUGAUCGCAUGACGAACAGUGCUAAGAGAAUAGACUGCACAAUAAUUACAAUUGUUACACAAAAUCAAAAGUUCGAUUUAAUUUGCUCAGAACAGUAAGCAACUCACAUCAAAGUACUGCUCGUACUACAUUUUAUUUGUACGGUUACAGAAAUUUAUACUCCCAUUUUAAAAUUAGGAUAACCUUGUACAGCUUGCACAGCGUAAUAGAAAGUAGCACAAACUGAUACUUAGCUUAAAUGUAUUUAAAGGGCAGCGUCACGGUUGACGUAUGCGCAUUGCGCCACUAAAAUA